AUGAUGUCUUCUUCCUCCAACAAGAAGAAAGUCCGCUACACGGAGAGUACCAUGGGAAAGUCAUCCAACCCACACUCCAAAGGCCAUUCCCACAAAAGCAGCCGUGAUUCGGGCGUUGGCUCUUCCUCCGCCUCAGACCGAGCCUCUGUCGGCGGCACCACCGAAGCCCCAUUCAACUCUCAGGAGAUCCAAUACCAACGACACAACCCUACUGCAUUGGCCGAAGCCCUUGAUGCAGCCAAUGAGAAAAUCCGCGAGUUAUUCGAACAAACCGAACACCUUCAACGUCUGCUCAAGGACAGCAACAAGGAGAAACGAUCCCUGAAAGGAGAAAAGAACGACCUACUCAUAGAAGUCGAAGAUCUAGGCCAUGAACUCAAGGAAGAGAAACGCGCGCACGAUAAGCUACGCAAAGAAUCCGGCCAGCGUGUAGCUACUUCCAACUCCAGCUCCACGAGACGCAGUACACCUCCAUCAUCCCACAGACGAAGGGACGACGAGCGAUCUCAAGGAAGCGGAAGUUAUCACGAAGAGGCCCGCCGAUACAUCGUCCCUCAACCACCGCCAAGCAACGCACCGAAUCCUUUCAUCCCGCUGAAUGAACGCCCUUCUGCUCCGUCGGGCGUGGUUUAUGCACCUCCAACAACAACAAUCAGUUACUCUCCAACGGCCGUAGCGUAUUCCUCUGCGCCGGCGUUUUCUUCAAGGCCCGCAGGCUCAAGAGCGUCGGGCGGAUCGCAUGGAACUUCAAAUGAUGGGAAUUAUCACUCUUAUCCUGUCUUGCUCUUCUCAGAGUCCAGGCCGCAGAUAUAUAUCAAUCCUGCAGCUUCAAUCAACACCAGUCAAACAACAUCACGACAUUACAACCCCGCAUCUACCUCCAAAAUGCCAAAAUUCUACGAUAGCAUCUCCCCAGACCUAGCUGACUGGGCCCUCUCCCAACCCCUCUUCUUCACAGCCUCUGCCCCCUACACAGGGAAACACAUCAACAUAUCCCCCAAAGGCCUGCCCUCCUCCACCUUCACGAUCUUCUCGCCCACCUCCUGCGCCUACAUCGACGCCACGGGCUCCGGCGCCGAGACAAUCUCGCACAUUUACGAAAACGGCCGCAUAACAAUCAUGUUCUGCAGCUUCGGCGCCUCGCCGCGGAUCAUGCGCUUUUUCUGUACCGGCAGGGUAGUCGAGUGGGACCAGGCUGAGUUUGAAAGCUUGCUGGGACGCAUGGGGAAGAAGAGGGUGGAUGGGGCGCGCGCUGUCAUCAUGCUGACUGUCUGGAAAGUGCAGACGUCGUGCGGGUACGGCGUGCCGCGGAUAAGGGAGGGUGAGAUGGAUGUGGAGAAGGGGAAGGAGGAGGAUGCAUUUCAAGACCGGGAUACGCUUGGCCACUGGGCGGGGAAGAAGGUGGAGAGGAAUGAGAUGGGUGAGUAUCAGAUGAAGAAUAAUGCAAGGAAUUUGGAUGGAUUGCCUGGCCUUAGGACCGCGAGACGGGAUGCGGGAGAGAGGUUUUGGGUUGAGGAUGCGAGGGCGAAGGUUGGCUUGAUUGUGAGUCAGAAGGAGGCUCUUGCAUCGGGUGUGUUUAUUGGUAUUUUGAUAGCGUUGUUGGGUGGGCUUUUGCAAGCGUUUGUUGUAGGACUUUAA